AUGAAGCAAAGAUCCGUCAUAAUACAAAAAUUCCAUGAAGAAAAGAGUAAAAAUAAAAAAAAAGAUUUCUAUAAAAAGUUAGUCGAAACUUCCUUUUAUAAUUUGGUAUUUUUAAUGCUUUAA